AAGCCAGCCUUUUCUCCUUCCACUUCACACAUCAAGAGUGCUAAAUUCCCACUCCUCUCUCUUCCAAUUCCUCCUCACAAGCCCUAACCCCCUCGAUCCCAAUCGGAAGACUCCGUGACCCUCUCAAUGUCCUGAUCCUAUCCACCUCCACAAAUUCCUUAUAUUCAUCUGACUAAGGCUAGUCGUCUUCCGAUUUUUUUUAGAGAGAAUGGACAUCGAACAAAAACAAGCAGAACUCAUCGAUCACUUCGUAAAUCAAGCAUCCACUUUAAAAGCCUCCGCUCUUUGGCCUCUUAUUAUCGAAGCCACUUCUCAUCCUUCUCUCUUUGCCUUCUCUGAGAUUCUUUCCGUCCCCACCGUCUCCGAGCUCCAAGGAACUGAGAAUUCUUUGUACCUCGAUGUUCUUCGGUUGUUUGCUCACGGAACCUGGACUGACUACAAAAAUAAUGCUGGUCAUCUUCCACAAUUGGUUCCUGAUCAAGUCCUCAAGCUAAAGCAACUUACUGUGCUUACCCUGGCUGAAAUGAACAAGGUGCUACCCUAUGAUCAGCUAAUGCAGGAGCUAGAUGUUACAAACGUUCGUGAACUUGAAGAUUUUCUUAUCAAUGAGUGCAUGUAUGCGGGAAUAGUACGAGGAAAGCUAGAUCAGCUGCGAAGGUGCUUUGAGGUCCAAUUUGCUGCCGGUAGGGAUCUGAGGCCUGGACAACUUGGGAAUAUGUUACAAACACUAUCAAACUGGUUGGCUACAUCAGAUAAUUUACUUGUCUCAAUUCAAGAGAAGAUAAAAUGGGCUGAUUCUAUGAGUGAAUUGGAUAAGAAGCACCGAAAGGAUGUAGAUGAUAGGGUGGAAGAAGUAAAGAAGUCACUCUCCCUCAAGAAGUUACAAACUGUAAGCAGGCAGACAUUGACUUCCGAGGGCACGAGGAGAUCUACUCUGAACCUGGUGGAGUGAUGGACUAUGAGGAAGACCGAAGCCGACCCAAGAGGAGACGACAUCCAAUGUCUUGAAGAUAUAGAUAUAGAUCAUGGAACUCGUUGGAUACGUGUCCACGUGACUUGCCUGAUUUUUGUUCAUGGCAUACCAACAGCAACUGAUUGCAGCUUUUGGAGAUGGUGAUAUUACCAGACAGUGAAUUUGUUUUUGCCACUCUAGACUGAUAUUUGAAGAUUGUACCUCGGUUUGAACCUAUUAUUAUUCCUAUUGAGUUGUAAAGAACAAAACCAGAUUUGUUGGUGCGGCUGAGAACUUUAUGAAGUCGGAUUGUUCUGAUU